AUGCCGGUCACAAGAUCACAGAAGGGCAAGGCCGACGCAGCGCCGCCAGUCGCCGCUGAACAAGCCUUACCUACGUCCGUCUCCGAAACCAACCGGGAGGAACUGAUCCAGUUUGAACCUCCAGAAAAUAGAAAAGCACCGAGGUCAUCGCGGGCAUCCUCCGUAAAAUCCGACCGCGCCCGUCGAUUGGCCAAGGCUCAAGAAGAGGUAGCUCGCCUGGAAUUAAAAUUAGCCCGCGCCCGUCUCUCCGCCAUCCAGGCCGAAGAAUCGGAGGAGGAAGACAACGACUCCGUCGCCUCAGAAAUGCACGAGUCUCGCGUUGAGACUUGGCUUGAGGCUCAANUCGGGGCCUCCGGAGUCUCCGAUCCACUUCAGCUGGAAGGCGUCGCUGGAUCAAAGAUAAAUGUCAGCGGAUCACGCAAAGUGAGCGUCACGCUACAGGGCCAAACUAAGGGCUAUCCGAUAAAAGCCAGAACAGUCAAAGGGCUUCACCUGGCACCACAAGCGGUGUCUGAAUUGGACCUCAAAGGAUGCCAUCAUCUCCGAGGAAUACAGAACUUCCUUCAGUAUAAAGAAAGAAAACCCACCGUAUUAAUAGGCCAAGAUAAUUGGCAUCUUCUCGUCGCCCGGCAACUCCGAAGAGGACCGACACAUCAGCCGGUAGCCUCACUGACCCCAUUGGGAUGGGUAUUGCACGGGUCCUCAACAAGAAGUUUAGGAAGAAACGUGCACUACGUCUACAGAGCCGAAGAGAAGCUAAUAGACGAAGAAAUCCGAAGAUACUUUACCAUCGACUCGCUUGGCAUCCAACCCAAGCUACCGAAGAGUGAUCCAGAAGUUCGCGCACUGCAGGUCCUGGAAGCAAAUACAGUGAAGAAGAAGGAAGAUGUCUACGAAACUUCGCUAAUUUGGAAGAAAGAAGAUGUGGUUCUUCCAAAUAAUUAUAAAGGCGCGCUUAACCGACUCUACAGCAUCGAGAAGAAGCUAGACCGCGACACAUCGUUGAAAACCAGCUACGAAGAUCAAAUAAAUAAUUUGAUCAAGAAAGGAUACGCCGAAGAAGCAAAAGAACCUCCGACACCGGGCAAGACUUGGUACUUGCCACACUUCGCCGUUCUACACCCUAACAAACCGGGAAAAGUACGAGUGGUCCUGGACGCCGCAUUCCGCUUCGGGAAUACCUCACUGAACGAUAAUUUAUUGCCGGGGCCAGAUCUACUACAGUCACUGCAGGGUGUAUUGAUGCGAUUUAGACAGCACAAAAUCGCAGUCGCCGCCGAUAUCGAAGAAAUGUUUCUCCGCAUAAGCAUCCGCAAAGAAGAUCGAGACGCCUUACGCUUCCUGUGGCGUCAAGACCGGCGGGAGGGCCCACCUACCGAAUAUCGCAUGACAACAGUUGUCUUCGGGGCCACCUGCUCGCCAUGCAUAGCUUUAUACGUGAAGAAUUUGAAUGCAGAAAGACAUCGUGAAGAAUACCCAGAAGCCGCAUCCGCAAUUAUUAAUAACCAUUAUAUGGAUGAUUAUUUACAAAGUUUUCAAACCGUAGAAGAAGCACAGAAGAUCGCCAACGAAGUUGACCGCAUACAUAAAAAGGCAAAUUUUAAUCUGCGCAAGUGGACUUCGAACAACAGCAAAGCAAUACAGAACUUGGAAGAUUCCGCCAAGAUAGAAGAAAUCAAGUUCGACGACGGCGCAAAAGAAGAGAAGAUUUUAGGCCUAAUAUGGCGACCAUCAUCGGACUGCCUAGCCUUCAACUUAAAUUUCGCCCGGGUCCCAUCCGACAUCGUCAAUGGCAAUCGCACACCGACGAAAAGAGAAGCACUACGAACAGUCAUGGCGAUUUUCGACCCACUCGGAAUAGCGUCACCUAUCGUCAUUCAAGGGAAACACAUCCUACAGGAAACGUGGCGCACUGGGAUUGACUGGGACCAAGAAUUAACCGCAACGCUAGCCAGCACCUGGAAGACCUGGAUUGAAGACCUGAAACAGUUGAAAUCGAUCCAGAUCCCACGAUGUCAUCCGUACUUAAGUAGCGCAACCGAGCGCGAAAUUCAUACAUUCGUCGAUGCCAGUGAAAAGGCAUACGCGGCAGCGGUAUAUUGGCGAGUCAUCGACAGCAGCGGAAACAUCCACGUGUCGCUAAUUACCGCCAAAGCGAGGGUCGCACCGCUAAAAGUCACAUCGAUACCUCGUCUUGAACUCCAGGCAGCCGUCAUCGGAAGUCGACUAGCAAGUACGACUAUCAAAGAGUACGAUAUUAAACCCGACCGACAGUACUUCUGGUCAGACUCGAAGACCGUACUCUCAUGGCUACGUGCUGGCCCCCGAUCGUUCAAGCCGUACGUCGCCCACAGAAUAGCCGAAAUCGAAGAAACGACUAAUGUCAGUCAAUGGCGAUGGGUUCCUACGUCACAGAAUGUAGCAGACGACGCUACACGCGAUUCACCGAAACAGUUUAACGCUUCGCACAGAUGGUUCACCGGACCGCCAUUUCUACGAGGACCCCCUGAAAGUUGGCCGCAAGAAAAAUCUACGAAUACAACCGAAAACAAAACAGAAGAGCGAGUCAACUUAGUGAAGACUAACAAAGUUCGACUUUGCGAGUCGUUACCCGACGUCAACCGCUUCUCAUCGUGGCUACGACUAAUAAGGACUACCGCAUUAGUAUUAUUAUUCAUCCAGAAGCUGCGCGCAAGAAAAGUCUCCGUCAAUUAUAAACGAACGAAGAAAAAUAAAGAAAAAGAUCCGCAUUGGCCGUCUCCUGCCAGAAAAUUACACGCAAAGUUACACGCCGACGUAUCCGAGCAGAGUCGACUAGGCGUUAUAAUUGAAGUACCGUUUCUGCAGCAAGCCGAGUCGCUCUGGAAGAAACCGAAAUGCCCGAUAUGCAAGAACGAGCAUUUCGUCACCGACUGCACGAAAUUGAAGGAAGCCGACAACAACAGCCGCUGGAAGUAUGCAAAGGACUUCAAACUUUGCUUCCGCUGUCUACGCUACAAAGCUGCAGAUCACAGCUGCAAAACGAAGUCGUGCAUGGUACGGGGCUGCCAGAAGACACACCAUCCGCUCCUACAUUACGACAAAGCACCGAAAAUCGAGAAGAAAACCGAAACCGUUGCCUCUACCAACUCACGCACAAGACAGGGCCACGCAUACUUGAAAAUCAUCCCAGUUCGUGUCUCUGGCCCUAAAGGAUUCUACGACACUGCAGCGCUCCUCGACGACGGUUCUACAAUUACCCUUAUUGAUGCCGACGUUGCCAACCGCGUCGGGGCCUCCGGAGUCUCCGAUCCACUUCAGCUGGAAGGCGUCGCUGGAUCAAAGAUAAAUGUCAGCGGAUCACGCAAAGUGAGCGUCACGCUACAGGGCCAAACUAAGGGCUAUCCGAUAAAAGCCAGAACAGUAAAAGGGCUUCACCUGGCACCACAAGCGGUGUCUGGAUUGGACCUCAAAGGAUGCCAUCAUCUCCGAGGAAUACAGAACUUCCUUCAGCGCAAGUCAAAGAUCGCAAGACCGGCGGGAGUCGCCACUAAAUGGAAACCGGCGGGAGCCAUUGAAACUCCAACACCGGCGGGAGCCCCAUAG